UGUCAAUGAACCUCAGUAUGUAACCAAGAACUAUUUCACCCACUAAAUAUUCAUAAGUCUUAGCAAGUCAAGAUUUCUCUUAACCAGGAACUGUAAAGAAGGCUCAUCCACUCAAUAAUCAAUCACCUUACAUUCAUUCACCUGUCUAAAAUAAAAUGAACUUUAGUAUUGUGUCAGAAGAUGCUGAUAAUUAUAGAAUCAAAUGUUAUGAACUUGAACGUGAAUUGGCCAAAUAUAAGGCUGAUAAUGAACUUUAACGUCUUGUAUAGCAAAAGAGUGGUGACUUAGAAUACAAAGUAGUAGAAGUCUUAGAGUCAAAUAAUGCUCUUUAAGGUUAAUUAGAGAGAGCUUAAAAGGUAGCUUUGUAAAGAAAAAGUGAAUCUGAGAUGUGGAAAUAAAAAUAUGAAGCUUAAAUGGGAUCUCUUAUGUAAAUCAGAUAGAAUUAUGAAGUUGAGAUUAAAGCUCUUACUUUGGAAGUAUAAAAAGCAAAUGCAAGAAGCAGUGCGUUAGAUUAAGAAAAAAAUAGAAUAAUAUCAGAUUAGAGAAAUGUAGCAGAUAAUUAAACAACUUAAAUUUAAGAAACAUUUAAAAGAUCAAAUAAUUCUCAGGCUGAUAUGUAUGAGGCAUAAUUAAAGAAACUUAGAGAUAUGUUAGAAGAUAGAACAUUAUAAGUGGCUUAAUUAUAAUCUUAGAAUGAAAGAUAAAAAAUAGAAUUUUAAGAUACUUAAUUAAGAUUAAUGAAUGAAAUAGAUAUUACAAAAUCUAGAUUAAGUGCAAUUUAAAUUGAUCAUCAAAAUGAAUUAUUAUAAUAAAAAUAAAAAUUGGAAUUGUAUUAAGAAACUAAUUUAAGAAAUUAAUAAACAGCUCAUGAGAAUUAAUAAGAUGUUUAAGGAUCAGAGAUUGUAAAAUUAAAAAAUCUAUUAGAAAUAAAAGCUUAAGAAAUUGAAACUUUAAUAAAUUAAAAUUAAAAAUAAAAGAUAUAAUCUGAAUUAGAUAUAACUGGAUUGAGAAAUGAAAUAGAAAUAUUAAGAAGAUAAAUAUUAAGUAAUGAACAAUUACAUUAAUAAGAAAAUCAUAAUAUUUAAACUAAUUUAGAUAAUAUGCAUAAUAAUGAUACAACUAAUCUUAAAAUAACACAUGAAAAUUAAUUAUAAGCAUUACAUAAAGAAAUUCUUAAACUUAAAGAAAUUAUUGAUCAUAAAAAUUAAGAUAUUUAAAAAUUGGUUGUUGAAAAAUAAUAAUAAAAAGAUUAUUAUGAUGGAGAAAUUUAAAGAUUAAUUAAUACAAUUGAAGAUUAAAAAAGAAGAUCUAUUUUAUUAGAAAAUGAAAAAAAUAGAGAAAUUGCUGAUUAACAUGCUAGAAUUGAAAGAUUAACUAUUUAAUAUGAAAAUAUGUAAAUUGAUCUCUAAAAAUAAAUAUAAUUAUUAAAUUAAGAAAUAAUUAAUUUAAAGAAUUUAUUAGAUCAUAAAAAUUAAGAAAUUUAAUAAAAUCUUAAGAAUUAUUCUUAAAUUAAAUUAGAAUUUGAAGAUAAAUUAAGAAAUUUAUAAAAUGAAUUAGAACUUGUUAAACUUAGAUCAUUUGAAACUGAAAAAUCAAAACUUUAAGAAAUUUAAGACUUAAAAUCACUUAUUAAAGAAAUAGAUAUAUAAAAUAGAGAGAAAUAAAAAUAAUUAGAAUAAUAAAUUGAUCAUUAAAAAUAUGAAAUACAAAAAACAUUUGAUAUGUAUAAUAAUAAAAUAAAAGAAUGUGAAAAUCUAACAAUUCAAAGAAAUAAUGCUGAACUCAUUUAAAAACGUAUUCAAGAUGAUAAUGAUAAAUUGAUUGAAAAAUUACAUCAUUUUGAAUAAGAAAAGAAUUUAGAAAUAGAUGAAUUAAGACAUAAAAUGGAUUCAGGUGCUGCUUAUUAAUUUGAAAAUCUAAAAAGUGCUUAUAAUACAUAAGUAGGAUUACUAUCAGAUCAAAUAGCCGAUCUUUAAAAUUAAUUGGCUAUUAAAAAUAAAGAAUUAACUGAAAUGAUAGAGAAAUAUACAAUAUUAGAUAAGAGUCUCUUACCAGAAACAUUAGUAUCUAGAGCUGCAUACAAUAGUAGAAUUGGAAUACCUGCUGAAUUAUUAGCUAAUAAGUCUAUUCAUGAUGCUACCCUUAAGUCCUAACUUCGAAAUAGUCCUAUAUAAAGAUAUUGA